AUGUCGGCCCUGCAAACAUUCAUGUUAGUUGUGGAGCACGACAAAGAAGAAGCUAAACGCAUCGCUGAAGGCGUCGCUCAAGGUCAGUCCGAUCAUCGGCCCACGUUCCCCCGCACUCACUACGUUCGUGUGACUCUAAUCGAGGAUUCCAAUGCAGAUGUCGAAAGCAAGAAGACUACCCUCAUAGAAAUUGUUCAGCAACUUGGCGAAUAUAUCAAUGAUGAAGAUCCUAUACUGCGUGGAAAGGCCGUCUCCUUCCUCACUUCGGUCAUCAAGGCGCUGCCACCCAAGUUCCUGUCGCGACAACAGAUCCAGGUCUUGACGUCGUUCUUCUGUGAUCGGAUUGAAGAUGGAGGUGCGGUUGCGGGAUUGGAUACGCUGCAGAAGCUGGAUCGGUUUACGAAGGGAUUGGCUGCUGAGAUUGCCCAAUCUCUGUUCUCCCAUUUCCAAGACCUACAAUCCCGAUCCCAAUCGCAGCGAUUCCAAGUUUACCAAUUGCUUAACGAGUUGAUGUCAUCACACCGUGCGGCAUUGCUCGAUAUGGACGAGGUAUCUCUCGUCGGUAUUGUGGAUCUCAUGACAGGCGAAAAGGACCCACGCAAUUUGAUGAUGGUGUUCUCUAUCUUGAAGGUCGUCAUGAUGGAAUGGGAUAUCACAAACCACGUUGAGUUGCUCUUUGAUUCGGUGUACAAUUACUUCCCGAUUACCUUCCGACCUCCACCAAACGACCCCUACGGGAUUACUGCCCAGGACUUGAAAGGCCGCUUGCAAGACUGCAUCUCUUCUACUAGACACUUCGCCCCUCACUCUAUUCCAGCAUUGCUCGAUAAGCUUGACUCUACCUCACCCAAUGUCAAGAAAGAUGCCCUUAACACAUUGAUCGCCUGCAUUCAUUCAUACGAUCCCGACACUGUGUCUCGCUAUUCCAUCACCAUCUGGGAGGUGCUGAAGUUUGAGAUUCUCAAUGCCCAAGAAGAGUUCCUGUCCGAGUCUUCUCUCCAAGCUCUGCAGUCUAUCGCGCAACGCCUCUCGGAAGGGGUCACUGAGGUCUCUCAGGACCUGCCUCUUGCACAGUAUUUGCGCCCAAUCACUAAGGAAUGCAAUGAACAAUUGCAAGAGCCCCAGCAGAAGCAGGCGAAACCCGCCCAACAGAUUCUCCGAUCUUUGUCAUCUGCUUCACCGAUUGCGUUUACCCUCAUCGUUCAAACUGUUGUUGCCCCUAUCUUCACCAUUUACCAAGAGGCAGAUGGUAUUGCCAAACAAAGAGCUCUUCUUGAAACCCUGUCAGUACUUUUCGAGUCUGCAAUUCAAGUAUUCGGCCAAUGGACAACCCGAGGAGAUGAGAUCACUCUCGAGAAUCCAUUGCUCGAAUUCAAGGAUCAAUUCUCGGACGUGCUGGGUCAGGCAUUGAUGGGUGCUGCAAAGGAGGAGGUUUCUUUCCGAGUGACUGCUCUGAAGGGAUUCCUUCGUCUUUCCACUCUGCGGGAUUUCUUCCAGGAUAAUGAGAUUGGCUUGUUCGUGCAGUACCUGGAUGAGAUUCUGCUUCAGGAGGAGUCUGUUGGCAGGGGUGACCUGAAGAAGGAAGCAAUUGCGGCACUGGCUGAAAUUUCCAAGCACAAGCCUCGUCUGAUCAUGGAUAUUACUUUCCCUGCAUUUGUGGCGACACUUCCAGAUGAGGAUGAUGGCACAAACUCAACUUAUCUUUCCACCCUAGAUACCUUGGCUCAGAUCAGCGUUGAGAGGGACAUCUUUGAGACUCUAUUCCGACGUCUCUUCAGCAAGUUGACCAUCCUACUCCAGAAGGAGCAACCUGGUGCCAUUGCGUAUCCAAGGGCCAUUCUCAUGACCCUACUCUAUGUCAUGCAGCAAAGGAAGAUGGAUUCUGAUCCGAGCGUGGAUCUCUACUUCGACAAGAUCGUGGUCGGUCUCUGCCGCAGUGCCUCGGAGUCAGCGUCGGGCAAGGGGAAGAACCAGAUCCUCAACGAUGCCACCAUCCUGGAUACGCUUGGUCGGCUCUGCAACCUGCUGGUGCGAUCUGUCACUGUCCAGAAACAGGAGCAGGUGGCAGAGAAUGUGUACAAGCUCUUCUCUGCGACCGAUGAUUUCGUGCCUAUUCCGUUUUCACAGGACGCAACAGUCGAUCAGGAGCGGACCAUCAUAAUUUCCACCUAUCUUCUCGCAGGCCUGUCUAAAGACUGUGGCAACCAUAUCCCUUAUACCUCUCCCAACAUGUCCGAGCUUCUUUCAGAUCUAGUGCAGCGCUGUGUAUCUGAAACUUCAGAGCCGGCUACACAUCUCGCCUUCCUCCGUCAUCUAGCUCUGCUUGUCAACAAGUUCCUGUCCAAGGAAGAUUUGAACAUUGCAGAGAAACUCUUUGGUUCUCUCGUUUCCUCGGAGAAGGAGAGCUACAGCCCUGCUACAAUCCGCACCAUCUUCUGGCUGUCCAAGGCUCUAGUCCUCCGGCUUGCCCCGACCACCACCCAUGUUCUUACCUCGCUCAUGGGUCUUCUCUCAUCACCCGACCAGCAGACCAGCACCUCUACUGCUCGCGGGUUCUCUAUCCUUCUCGGUGACGAUGAUGUACUUUCCACGGCCAACGGUGCCUCAAUCCGCCUUUUAUGCAAACAACGUGUCUUCACAACCGUCAUCCCGAUGAUUUCUUCUCGCAUUCGCGAAGUCAACGUUGCUGGUAGUGAUGUAUCUUCUAAGGGGUUGGACCACAUCAAGCCGGCUCAUCUAACCGCGCUUGCCGGUAUCCUCUCUACCAUCUCCACGGCCCUAGUCAUGCCUGAACUUCCCACUCUACUCCCUCUCCUCCUCCAAUCUCUUGACCUCCAAACAUCCGACUCUGUCGCUGUCCGAGCAGCUACACUCGACACCCUAGCUGUAAUCAUCCGCGAUAACGGCGUCGCUGUGAUCGACAAGUGCGGACAUGUCCACAGCCUCGUUGUGAGACUUCUCAAGACUACUGAGAUCAAUGCCAACGUCGUCAACCCACCUCGCCUCCGCGCUGAUUCUCUGAAGUGUCUCUACCUCUUGGCUGCUAAACAAACUCCUGGUGAAACUAACUCUCGCCUACCACCGUCUAUCUCCCCGCUUCUACCAGAGAAGACGCAGGUGUUGCGCUCUCUGCAUGCUGUUUUGGAUGAUCCCAAGCGAGAUGUGCGCAAGGCAGCAGUCGAUGCUCGCAGCGCGUGGUUGCGUGGUGUAGACGAUGCCCCUGAGGAGGAGGAUUGA